GUUUUUCUUUAUAUAUAAUUCUCUCUGUCUAUAAACAUAGGGAAGAAGAACAUCUAGUUACUGUAAGAACAUAGAGUUGUUGUAAUUCUUCUUCGUUCUUAAUUCCAAGUCAAAACCCUUGAUCGCUUCUCUUGGCUACUAACCAACGACCUUCUCCUUGAUCAAAACUUUUUAAUUUUUUUUAAUUCGACAAAAAAAAAGUAUUUUCUUCUAUUCCGACGAUGGUUUUAGCGGCGAAGCAGACUCUCUCCGCUAAGAUCGGAUUCUCCACCCCUCUCUCACGACGUAACCCCUCUCUCUCACUCCAAUCUCUCUCCUUUCCAUCGACGGCCCUUCCAAAACGCACCGUUUUAGCCCUCUCGAAGCCUCUCCAUCUCUCUCCCAUGAGAGCAAAGGCUCCGGCGAGAUGCUCCGCCUACGAAGCCGAUAAGUCGGAGCCUCAUGCGGAGGCGGCGGAGGAAACUAAGCCGGAGGCGGCGAAGAAACUGAAGAUCGGGGUUUACUUCGCGACUUGGUGGGCUUUGAACGUUGUGUUCAAUAUAUACAACAAGAAAGUGUUGAACGCUUACCCUUAUCCAUGGCUUACCUCCACGCUCUCUCUCGCUGCUGGUUCGUUGAUGAUGCUUAUCUCUUGGGCUGUUGGGAUCGUUGAGACUCCGAAAACGGAUUUUGAUUUCUGGAAAACUCUUUUUCCGGUUGCUGUGGCGCAUACGAUUGGUCAUGUGGCUGCAACGGUGAGUAUGUCAAAGGUUGCGGUUUCCUUCACUCACAUCAUCAAGAGUGGUGAACCAGCUUUUAGCGUUCUUGUCUCGAGGUUCCUUUUGGGUGAAACCUUCCCUACUUCGGUUUACCUCUCCCUCAUUCCCAUCAUUGGUGGCUGUGCUCUCUCUGCUCUUACUGAGCUUAACUUCAACAUGAUUGGUUUCAUGGGAGCGAUGAUUUCGAACUUGGCUUUUGUGUUCCGUAACAUCUUCUCAAAGAAGGGAAUGAAGGGAAAGUCUGUGAGCGGAAUGAACUACUACGCUUGUCUCUCCAUGUUAUCACUCUUGAUCCUCACUCCCUUUGCAAUUGCGGUUGAAGGACCUCAGAUGUGGAUCGAUGGCUGGCAAAAGGCUCUUUCCGACAUUGGACCUCAGUUUGUAUGGUGGGUGGUUGCGCAGAGUGUGUUUUAUCACCUCUACAACCAAGUGUCUUAUAUGUCUUUAGACCAAAUCUCUCCCUUGACUUUUAGUGUCGGUAACACCAUGAAACGUAUCUCAGUCAUCGUCUCCUCCAUCAUUAUCUUCCGCACUCCUGUCCAGCCCGUUAACGCUCUUGGAGCCGCCAUUGCUAUCCUCGGAACCUUCUUGUAUUCCCAGGCAAAGCUUUGAACGGGCAAGACAUGAAGUGUUCCAGUCCGAUGUUGAGCUCAUUGAUUUCGGUUUAAAACCGGGGGAAAGAGCUUAAUGUAGAUACGUGUCCACAAUAAUGAAGAAAUGAUGAGAAUGAAGACAACAAGGUUUUAGUGUGUUUUAGGCAGUUUUUACUUUAAUUGAGCUUUACGGAUUUAAGUUUGAAUUCGGGGGGAAUGAGAAGAUUACAACCUCUUUGUACCUAAAGUGGCGAAAUACAAAUUGCCCCCUUGAGAAUAAAACAACUCUCUUCAACUACGACAAUUUUUAAUAUAUAUAAAUAAUAUUUAAAGAUUAAUCUCGUUUAUUUGGAUUUAAGCGUUUGAAUUUCAGUUCAUGUAGUUUCGUUUCAUUGUUUUGUUUAUUCAUUCAGCACUAUAAGCAGCAUGUUUUUUCAUUUGUAAGAAACAUUCUCUAAGCAAGAAUUCC